GCAUAUAUUAUAUUUAAAAUAGACAUGCAACUAGACAAGCAUUGAUAUAAAUUACACUAGUUUGUGUGUAUUUUCAAAUUGAGUAGGCAAAAUGUUUAAUUUGCUGCGACGCACGCGUUCGAGAAAAGCGCAUAAAAACAAAGGCUACGAUGCAAGUGACGAUGAGGAGCCGCCGCCGCCGCCACCAGCGCCAAGUGCGAGAGCAACAGAGAGCAAGAUCAGUGAGCAGCAGCAGCGUUUGCUAUUCAGCAGACCUGCUGAGCAAGAGACGUUCAUAAAGAGCGCUGACGAGAGCGAGAGCCGUGGACCGCGUCGGGCUGUGAUCGAAGAGUUGGAGGACUUUGGCAGCGACGAGAACGACGAAGAGUUGGCAAGUGUAAAAUUAGCAGAAACAGCUGCUCCUAAUGGCCAUUCAGCGGUCUCUUGGCGCUCCAACUACGCGUAUAUAAAUAACAUGGGCCAGAGCAAGGCAACGGCAGCGACGAAGGCAGCGGCGACAACGUUUGUUGAUGAACAUCAAGAUCGAAACGCUGACACUCUUGGGCAUGUUACGGGCAGUCAAAACGAGGCAGCCAGCGCGAUCGCUAAACCAAACAACAGUGUCGGCGAUCAGCUAAUUGGCAGCUAUAGCUAUAGCCACAAUAUCGAGCCAAUUACCACCAAUGCUGACACGGUAAUUGUUGCUGCCCAGGCAGUGCCAACGGUCAACUAUCGUCAACAGCAAAACCACCACCAACAACAACAACAACAACAGAACGAACACAAACGACAGUCGCGACUCUCACUCGAUUUGGAGCAGCAGCAAACUGCAACUGAGGCGGUGCAAAAGAAACGCAAAGCGCUGCAAAGAAGUCGCGAUUUUCUUAGUGAAAUUUUCAUGGCGCGUGGACGUAAUCAUCAACGGCAGCAGCGUAAUCAACAGCAACAGCAACAACAGCAACAGCAGCAGCAGCAAUCUUUGCUGGUCAAGAGCAAAAACACCAACGCAGACGGCAGCACAGCAACAUUGGCACACCUUGAAACGAACUCCGACCCCGCGACCGCGUCCACAAAUAGUUAUCAAAUGACUAUGUCUAAUAAUAGCCAGCUACAAAAAAAGCAACAGCAACAAAGUGCUGCUGCUGCUGGCAGCGAAGAUGCCAGAGAGCGGCAGCGAGAGCGCAGUAAUUCAGCUGGAGCAUACGCUGCCAAGGAGCAGCGGCGCACGCUGUCGAGAGAGCGCUCGCCCGCUGAGCAUAGAGCGGCAAAAAAUGAUUUCAUUCAAGCGGCAAACGUCGAGCUGUUCACUGUCGCGCAAGAUCAACGGCAACGGCAACAAACUGUAGCAGCUGGCAGGCAACAACAACAGCAGCAGCAGCAACAACAACAGCAACAGCAACAGCACAUGGGCCAAACAAAUGGCAAACCCAAUGAUAGUCAAUCCACAAGCAGUCGAGCUAGCACGCCGCUUGAAUUUCGUGAAUCCCAAACGGGCGAUGAGCUGCCUUUGCCUGUGGCGCCACCGCGGCAACAGCGGCAACAGCCACACGCAGCAUCAGUGCCCAAGAUUACAGUGGAAGACUGCAGCAGCAGCAGCAGCAGCAGCAGCAGCGAGGAUGAUGAAGCGGAAAUAUUUCAUGAGCUGCCACGCGUCAACAUUGAAGAGCUGCAUGAGGCGCAGCUGGAAACGCUGGAGGAUGAGGUCUUUGCCACAGAUAUACCUACAACAGUUUAUGGACAGGCCAAUGGCAUGGGCCGACCUUGGACACGCUUGACCAACGUUAAGCUGGAGAAUGUGCAAGAGGAGGCCGAUGAGGAUGAGCUGGAUGAAGCGCUGGGCCUGGAUGAGGAUCAUGAGCAUGGCACCGCCAGCUGCUCGCGUCAAUCGGCAAGCAGCGAGCGCAGCGCACUCAAAAGCGAUUCCAAUUUAAGCAGCAGCUAUGCGGACUCCGGCAUUGGCAGCGAUACGCAGCAGCACUCGCCUGGCCGGGAAUGCAACAGCAGCAGCCAGCAGCAGUCAGUGCCGCUGCCAACGCCCCAGCCGGCGCCCUUAUCGCGCAGCGCCGCUUUGCGUACGCCAUUUGUGCGCGAUGGCAACUCAACGUCCACGGACUUUGACUGCGAGGAGCUGUUGCUGCAGUGCGACGAACUCGAUGAUGAGCAGCAAUUCAAUGAGCGGCUGGUGUGCAUCGAGAGCAUUAGCCUGCCCGACGUUGUAGUCGAGUCAACGACCGCAUCCACAACAGCCUCGUCCACAACAACAACAAGCACAAAUGGCAGCUGCAGCAACAACAGCAACAGCAGCAGCAGUAAUUGCGAUGGCCAGCUUAAUAUCAAUAUAACCAAUGGUGCCGGUGGCAAUAGCCUAGGCAAUGUGCAUUUUAUACCCAUACAUAUCGAGGGCGCGUCCUCCAAUCGCAGUCGCAGUAGCAGUCCCAAGCAGCGCAGUGUGGACGACAGUUGCUUGGGACGCACCGUCGAGAUCGUUGAAGAUGGCAGCGUGCUUAAUACCAGCGCCACACAGGAGCUCCACGAACUCAAAAAAGACUUUAAGCUGCAGAAGGCACGCUUGCAUACACAGCUUGAGGAUGCGCAUAGGAAUGUACAAAAUUUGGAGAGCAAAGUGAGUGACAUGCAAAUGAAAAUAGAUAAAUUGGAGCAGGAAUUGGCACAAAAGCAAUGGAAUGUGGAACGACUGCAAGGCGAGCUGAUUGCUGCACAAAAGGACGAUGAGUUUGUGCGCAAAAAGCUUAAGCUGCUUGAGGAUGAAAAAGUGCAUCUGCGCCACAAGUACAGCGAUGAUGGCGAGGAAUUUCGACGCAAAUAUGACUCUUUGGAGGCGCAGUACAACGAGCUUAACGAAAAGUACAAACAGACGCACAGUCUGGCGAGUGGAUUGCAAACACAGCUGUCCACGGCCAAGCAGGAGGUGGAGCAGUGGCGCAACGAGGUUACAAAAAUACGCGUAGAGCUGGAAGAUCAAAUACGCAUACUCAAGAAUGCUUUGGAUAAUUCCGAGGCCGAACGCAAAAUCUGCGAGGAUAGAUGGCAAAAGGAAUUCGAAAUGCUGAGAACACAUAAUAGAGAACGCGAGGAAACUUUGAUGACCGACUGUGAGUGGCAGCUGCGUCAGAUGCAGCGUCAGUGCAAAGAUAAAGUUGAUAAAAGCAGCUAUGAACGCAAACAGGCUGCGGCCAAGGCCGAGGAGCUUGAACUGGAGCUGCAGUCGCGGCACAAAGAAGCGGAGCACUUGCGCAUUUGCCAAGCGCAAGUUAAGUCACUGAGUGGCGUCGUCGGUGAGCAGGAGCGUUCCAUACAAACGCUCAUGGAGCGCAUUGAGAAUCUCAAGUCCGAGCUGGAGACCGCCAAUGAGAGUCUGGAAGCACAGAUCGAAGCAGUGCACAAAAUUAAAUAUCAGUGUGAUAAUGCCAUUUAUGAUAAGGAGCGCCAAAUGAUCUAUCGCAUCGAUGAGGUGCGCAAUGAAGCUGCCGCCUUUUGGGAAAAUAAACUUUACACAGAGAUGACAAGACUGACAAAUGAACUGGAAUCUGUUUAUGUGGAUGAGCGUCGGGAGGCCUUGGAUAAGCUGCAAGCCGAGCACAUUGAAGAGCUGCGUGUGCUUACGAAUCGCUACACAUCGAAUGAGGAAGAGCUGCGCGCAGAGAUCGAUGAGCUACAUACAAAUCUGGAGCUGAAGAAGCAAGAUUUUCUAACGCUUAGGGAGCGUUCAGACAACGCCUUGCUGCAGACACGCAUGCAUUUAGAUCGGGCAGAUCGUGAGUAUCAGAAUGCCAUGUGUCGCGAGGAGGAUCGGCGCGUUGAGCUGGAGGAGAAGCUGAACAAGGAGUUUGACAUUGAGAAGCAAGAAAUGGAGGAUAAGUUCUGUGAGCGCUUGAGUCAAGUUAAAGAUGAGUUUGCCAAAGAGCUGCAGCUGUCCACACAGGAAAUGAUCGAUACUCAUCGCAAGGAGCUAGAAACGCAGAAAUCCAAGCUGCUGGCUGAGAAGGAUGAAGCCUUGCAAGAACUUGUGGAGCGACAUCGUGCCAAAAUGGCUGCUGCCGACGAACGAAUCAACGAAGUCGAGCUACGGCACCAGCGUAAUCUGAAGGACUUGAAGGCGGCCUACGAUGCCGAGAAAGCGGCGCUGGACAAACGCGAUAUUAGCAACGCCAACGAAAUUGAGCAGCUGCAUCGCAAAUGUCGCUGCCUGACAAAUCUUUUCGAGGAGAUGCGUAUGCGUUAUGAGCGUCGUGAUCCGCGCGCCGAGGAUCUGCGUGAAAUCACUGAGCUACGCACGCGCUGCGACAGUCAGGAGCGUGAUCUGUUUGUGCUCACCGAUCGCCUGCGAGAAAUGCAAAUACAAAUGUCCCAGCUACAACAGAAUGGUGACAGCUCAACGCGUAAUAGCGCGCUGAAGAAGCCUCCACCCAAAACCAUUGCCACCAGCUGUGAUGUCAUCUACGAGGAGAACGAGGAGCGUGAGUCGCCUGAGCGCAAACAAGAUGCUGGAGAACAGAACGAGGAGGGAGACGGAAGCCAGGGCGAACAGGAGCCCAGUGACACCGAGUCCAAUCACACCAUCGAAGUGAAUGGCAAGUGCAACGAUCGCAUUAACGAGGACGAUGCUCAGAUGAUUUCCGCUGUCUGAUUAAUUCGAUCGAUUCGAUUCGAACUUUGGCUGUUUAUAUUUUCAAAAACGAUACAAAAUACUCGCAAACGGCAGCAGUCCUGCAAAAAAUCGUUAAAUGCCGCAUACACUAAAUUAUUUCAGCACUGGCAUUGAAAUUGUUUUCGCACAAAAUAUUUAAAAAUUUGUAUAAAUUACUCUUACACUCUUACAUUUU